CCAUUUGUUUAUUUUUAUCUACGGGUUUGGUCACUUCUCUGCCUUUGACAAAGUGUUAAAACCAGAGAAAAUGGUUUCAGUUUGUUGGUCAGUGUCCAAACUCGGUUGCGUUUCCCCUUUAAGCGCAGACGCUCCGGCGGAGCAGGAAGUAGCGCAGAGGACCGUCGUCACCAACACGGUCACGUUUGUUUAUCUCCCAUAUGUCUUGUCUGCUCUAGACCGUUUUGAUAUCCCGUAUUCGGUGAAAAGGCUGCGGCAGCGCCGGUUUCAGGUUGACGGUGUGAUAUUUCAGGAGCAUGGCCGACGGUCCCGAGGCUCAGGCUGAUGUUGAAGACCCGCCCAGUAUCAGUUUCCCUCCUCUCAUCACUGUUUCCGAUCUGCCCGGUGCUACUGCUGCAGGCCGUAACCUGAAGGAAUGGCUUCAGGAGCAGUUCUGCGACAAACCUCUGGACCAGGAUGACAUGCGCCUCCAUAACGCAGCCUACGCCGGAGAUCUGGACACCGUGAGGAACCUGCUGCAGGAAGACAGCUUCAGAAGGCGUAUCAAUGAGAAGUCUGUGUGGUGCUGUGGCUGUCUGCCCUGCACCCCUCUGCGGAUCGCAGCCACAGCAGGACACGCCGCCUGUGUGGCCUAUCUCAUCGCUCAGGGAGCCGAGGUGGACCUCGUUGAUGUCAAAGGCCAAACAGCCCUCUAUGUAGCUGUGGUUAAUGGCCACCUGGACUGUGUCCGGAUACUCCUCGAAGCUGGAGCGGAUCCAAAUGGAAGCCGACACCACCGCAGCACCCCACUGUACCAUGCUGCGCGGGUGGGAAGACUGGACAUACUGCAGGAGCUCAUCAGGUUCAAUGCUGAUGUAGACAUGGACCACCAGCUGGGUCCCCGGCUCCUCUUAAGUGCCCGCACCCUCAACACUUUGGUGGUGUGUCCUCUCUACAUCAGUGCUGCUUACCACCACCUCCACUGUUUCCGGCUGCUGCUCCAGGCCGGUGCACAGCCCGACUUCAACUACACCGGGCCUGUCUGCCAUGAGGCUCUGACACGCGGCCUGGCUUCCUGCCUGCUGGAUGCGGUACUGCGACAUGGAUGUGAGGUGGCCUUCAUCCACCUCCUGCUGGACCACGGGGCCAACCCGGCCCUUGUGCCAUGGGAUGAGUCAGAACUGGAAGCUCCUAACCGAAGGAAGGUGGAUCCAGAAGCACUCAGGAUCUUCCUGGAGGCAAGGAGAUGCCCUCGUAGGCUGACACACUUGUGUCGCAUCAGGAUCCGCAGAACGAUGGGCAAAACUCGUUUACACCACAUAACCUCGUUACCCCUACCGGAACCCAUCAAGAAUUUCCUGCUUCACCAAAACUGACAAGCCUUCCACCUCCCCGUCUUCUAGAGAGCCCAGUCUCAAAAUCCACUGUCGAGCUCAAAGACAAGCCACAGGACAGAACAUUUUGUGAACCCAAUUUCUUAACUGCUUAUUAUUUUCUGUACAAGACAAUAUUGUUUUUCAGAUGUUUUGAAGUCAACAGUUAUGUAAUUCCCCCAUCUCCGUGAUUCAAAGGCUUCUUAACCUCUCAGAGAAGCUUUAAUUUGUCCUGACUUGUGGAAACUACAUGUACAGUGUGUCAUUAAUGUUUGCCUUGUGGUUUCCAAGAUCAUCAGGGUAUAGUAUCUUCUGAUCCUAGUUCAUGCAGCAUGUUUCAGCUUAACAGCCACGGUGAGAAUGUCCUUUGGUUUGCCAUCAACACAUGCCCUGUAGCAGUUAUCCUGUUCAGAGGCAGAGGACCAUUGUCCAGCUAAAGCUCCUUGGAUUGCUCCCUUACAAUAUGUGUUUUCUGUGAACUUUAAUUUUAAGCCUUUCAUCAGCCAGAGUGGAAGGCAAAAUGUGCAACCCAGCAUUCUUACGUUUACACUACACUUCAUUUAUUUGUAUCAUAAUUCUGCUUCCAUUGAUGCAUUGACAGUAUAGAUGAGUUUGGCAGUGCAAAGUCUGGUCUGUGCAAACUGUUAACGUUGUCGUCCUGUGUUUACAUUGACUGCUGGCAGAUGAUUGGUUCAUUUUUAGCUGUAUGAGUUAAAAAAAGGCUUCAAGAUGGAUCAAACCAGACCUACACUACUAACAUAAAAACCAGAAUACUAAUUGUGAAAUUCCAGAUGUAAAUGAGCAAUUGUUAACGUACAUGUUAUUAUCAAAAACGGUGGAGAAGAUUUUGUAGAAAAAUGAUAGUUUUUAAGGAUAUUUAAGGAAACUUGCUCUGUAAGUUUGACAGUCUGUUAAAAGGUGAAUGAAAUCUGUUUAUAAUGAAUUGAAUGAGCUUGUAUUAAUUUCCCAGAAGGUUGCCUUCUCUCUAUUGUCUUUUGUGUAAAUCUGUUUGCACAGCUUUUUUUCUCAUAAAAUUUUAAACAUGUUAAAAUGUCUGUGCAUUUAGCUUUGUAUGGCUGAUCCUUAUGUGCAUACAGUAAAU